CGUCAAUAUGCUGAUGAUUGAAUGAGAUCAAAGGGCGCAUUCACAUUGUCUCUGAUGAAGUGAUUGAUGACGGGUAUGUCCGGCGAAGCCUAGCUUAGGGACCUACGAAGAACGGAAACUCUCAGCGAGUUGAGGAUACGAGUAUUAUCUCAAGAACUCAUUAGCCUCCAUCUACUCCAGUAACCAUCAUUGACUCUUAUCGUCUUCGCCAUCACUACCCAGCACACCGCAUCCAUCAAAUCAAUCCUCAUCGACUCGACAGCAUGUAUCUCCGAGCCGUCCACGCCGAGCUCAACAUCCCCGCGCUACGCAACUUCAUCAAACAAAACCCUCUGGGUCUCUUAGUCACAGCCAUACCCUCGUCAAACUUCUCAACAAUUCAAUGUACGCACCUUCCCUGGCUGAUCGACGUGCAAGACGAUACCAGUGAGACCGAGCUGGGAAAACUACGUGGCCACAUGGCCAAACCCAAUCCCCAUUCUAAAGCCAUGACAGAAGCCGCACAGACGAGAUCGCCGUCCAACGGUCGUCUCACGGAGGAAGUCUCGGUGAUAUUCAAUGGUCCAGCACAUCACUACGUUACACCCAAAUUUUACGUCGAGACAAAACCCAGCACAGGCAAAGUCGUCCCGACGUGGAAUUACUCUGCCGUUCAAGCCUACGGCACAGCCACGAUCUAUUUCGACUCCAAGAACGAAGAAACCGGCGAGUACUUGCAAAAGCAGAUCAGUGACCUGUCGUAUCAUGCCGAGACGAAUGUGAUGGGUUACUCGAAGCCUUGGGGCGUUAACGAUGCGCCAGAUCGGUAUAUUGAACUGCUCAGGAAAAACAUCAUCGGCAUCGAAGUCGAAAUCACGAGGUUGGAAGGGAAGUACAAGAUGAGUCAAGAGUUGGGCAAGGGUGACCGAGAAGGCGUGAUUAAGGGAUUCGAGGAACUGAGGACGGAUGAUGCAGUGGCAAUAGCCCGGACGGUGGAGCAGCGAGGAGCCCUGAAAGAGGCUCAGGCUCAGGCUGCUUGAACCAGACACAUUGAACGGUAGUUAUCGCAAUCUUCAUCUGAAAGGGUACAAGCCACCAGGAGUGAAGGAGCAAAACAAUCAUGUCAUGACCAUAUUGUCGUCCACCCUCGACCCAACGCCACCAGAAAUUAAUCACACAAUCCGCCAACUCCUCGCUUCGAUGAGCAACCAAUCCCUUUCAUGAAAUGAAGAGCCUUGACCGGGUAGCGAAACAUCAACCCAGAGAAAAAGAUCUCAACUCGUCGGCAGACUCGUCUGUUUCUUUUCUCCCGUCGCAAUCCCACUCAACCAUGCACUUACACUCGCCUCCGUCACGCUUUCAUCGAAUUCCGUCCCAUCGUCCAACACCAUGAUACUCCCUGUACUCCCACUUCCAACAAGCACGACAGCAACCUUGACCGUUGCGUUGGUCGGCCGAGCAAAAUAAUCACUAUCGCCAAUCGCGUGGGCUCCGUGCCACGUCGACUUGCACUUCGUAUUCCCCGAGUCGAGAACCUCAAAGAUAUCGAACUCGCCACAGCCCGACGUCCAACAUGAACAGUUGCCAUAUUGUUGCGUGCGUGGGAUCAGCGCAUUCAGCAUCCACGCCGCGGGCAUGUCCAUGUUGAAACCUGACGUGCCGGUCAAGGGCAUCUGAAACUCGAGCAAGAAGAGCUUGGAUGCACCGGAGAACCCAUGAUAGGCAACACUCCCGGGCCGAUAGUAUCCGCAAUCACCGUUCUCGCCUGAACAAGCCUUGUCCGUCAUGAUCACGAACUCGGAGUUGUCGCCGACCAACGUGUCAGCCAGCGUCACGGGGCCAGACGAGGCGCCGGUGUUGUCGGCAUUAGCGUAGGAGAGGGACAGGCCCCAUGUCGUGUCAAAGACCCCUGAUCCACCGCCGCCAAAGUGAUUGAGAAACACAAGCCCAUCGGCCGAGCCAGCCUCGGCGUCGUAGUAUGCUUGUCGAGCCCAUGUGCCGGCGCCGACGGAUGUGCUGGGAGAGCUUGACGGUGUGACGCUUGAGGAUGCUGCACUUGAUGAUACCGCACUCGAGGCUGCCGCGCUUGAUGAUACCGAGCUUGGUGAUACUGCGCUUGACGAUUCUGUACUGGAAGUUGUUGUGCUCGACGAUGCUGCACUCGAAGAAGAGCUACUCGAGGAGGCGACUGGAUAAGAGCUGGUUUGCUGAGAUGAAGCUGGCGCUGACGUCGAAACUUCUGUCGGAGCUGAAUACCCAUCAUCUGCUGAAGACGAUGCGCUAGCUGGGAACGGGAUCGUCGCGCUAGUUGCAACCGCAGACGCAGACACAGAUGCAGAGUCGGAUUGUGCCGACGACACGAGCGUCGCGAAAGUCGAAGUCGCACUCGGUCCGAAAUAAUCGUUCGUCCAGGAUACAAUCUUUCCAUCGAUCGUUGCGGUCACCAUGUCAGGCCCAGCUGCAGCAGCGGUGGUUGCUGCUGAACCUGAAUCGGUCGCCACGGUCGAUGCCGGGCUUGCAUUCUGCUCGCUCGAGAGUUUCCUCCACACCGUCCAAUCGUCCCCAUCGGCGCGCUUCUCUUUAUUGGUGGCUGCCACUUCUCGGUCCUGCGCAUCUCCUGCAUCACGUUUGUGCUGAUGGAAAUGCUGAUGCGCAUACCGUCCCAUAUGCGGCGAAGGGUGGUAUGCGCGCUUUGUUUUGGUUUUCGACUGGGUCGAGCCGAGAGUGUAAUAUGCAAAUUGUUUCAGUUGGAUUGGACCGCGGAAGUGCCACGAUACCUAAUCACGAGAAAAAGAUCAGAUCACGUUCAUGUUCAGUCAGGCCUGAAAAUGGAGGGCAACAUCGAAAAGUCCUCGUCAAAGCCACUUACCUCGUCGUCAAAUGGAGCCAUGCCACCGCCAUAAGUGGCCGCUUGAAAAUCACAUUGACCCUGGCUGUCCAUGUUGGUGACUCGCUGGUACUGUCCUGCAGUACCGAAGUUCGAAUAUGAGAUUGCAUCGAUCUGGCUGCAGUAGUAAUUGCCGCCUUCGAGGGUGCAACUACUGGAGUCUUGGGCGACGGCCGUACCAGCGGCCGCAAGGAGGGUGCUGGGUAUGACCCAGGCGUGUCGUAUCUUCAUCUCUGCGACGGAUUUCCAGGCUUUUCUUUCUUGCUUUAUAUACGUUGUUCUGUGGAAUGUGUGUCGUAUGAAUUGGUGUUAAGGCCAAGAUCAAGAUUCCAAUGAUGUCUGAGACUAUUGUGUAGGUGUGAGAGAUCGACGAACGUGGUGGACUCUGACUCGAACAUGGACAAUAUGGUCAAAUAGGCGAUUGUCUUAUUCCACGGCGUUCGUAUUCUUUUCGUUUGUCCCGAAGACCCGAAGGGAGGCGAAGCGAGCGGCGAGCGGCGAGCGGCAAACAGGGUGCCCUUAUGACUUAUUCAAGGCAGUGACCCUGAAUAAGGUCUGUGAGUUCGUGUCCGGUUUUCCUGAAUGAAAUGAAUGGCUGGCAGAAAAAAAGAGGUCCCGAGUGACAAGUCUUAUCUUAACUGUGGGCAUUGCAUGGGGCGCAAGGACGUGGAACUGUUGUGCAGUGAACACGUCCAAUACUAGUAAGCAAAAGAGGUGAACCCGGUCGCGUGCGGCAGUAUUGGUCACGCCAACAAGUGAACACUGAACGAAAUGAACAAAGGCAACCCAUCCUCCCUUGUCAAGACUCAAGGGGAGUCGGGGAAA